AUCACCAAAAUCUGUCUCUUUCAUGAUAAGAGAUCCACACAGGGUAUUCUUACUGCAUGAAAGUGGCACCUGCUUCUUAAGAUUUUCUGCUUUUAAGUAAGAGUGAAGAGGCUAAGAGUCCUCCUCUUUCAAAAUGAAAGCUUUUACAGUUUGUGUAUUGUUUGGGAUUGUUUUCUUUGUGCAGCUGACACUUUCGUAUGGCCGAGAAAACAUAGAUCGCCCGUUCUACGAAGGAAAACUGGACGCCACAGAACAAAGCAUUCAUGAAGAUGCCAAGGAAGACGAAACGGAUCCAGAGCACUCUGAACAUGACAACGAAAACGUUGACGAUGACGAGGAAGAAGAGAAAAACGUCUUAGACGAAAACGACAGAAAAAGAAUGAAAGAAAAUAUUUCUACGAAACGUUCGCAUCCUCAGGUCUGUCCUCCUGGAUGGCUGUCACCGUGGGAUUUUACUGAUAAUUCAAACUGUGGUGGAUGUGGCUGUGGUAACUGCGGCUGCGGUGGAGGUUUUGAAGGUGGCAUCAGUGGUAGUGACGAAUUAGACGGUUGUGGCCAUGGAGAUUACGGAUUCGGAGGAGGCUGCGGCUGUGGCUGUGGUGGGUGCGGGUGUAAAUUUCAAGGCGGCUUCAUGCGUCAUAAUGGUUUCGGUCGACGUAUGCCGCGUCUAUCUAACGACGGGCGUAUUCAACACGUUUGGCUGAGAGACGGAAGAAUGGGAAGAAAUAUUCCAUCUCCACUUCUGAUCGGCCGAAAUGUUCUGCGCUGAACUAUAUCGCAAACAUAAGUAAAACCAAAGAGAAAGCUGUGGGAUGGAAAUAUAUAAAACGAAAUAUAUUGCUGAUCUUUAGAUUUUAAAAUUGUCUGCUAAGCUGCAGUUCAUUUUCAUCUUUUACUUGCUAGUUCUUAGAUAUCUGCAACUUCUGCAUGUGAAGAUACUAUAAAUAAAG